AUGGGGGUUUUGGAGAUUGCAGCAGCUGAAGAGAGGGCCUGGACUUCUGCAGCAGGCGACAUGGAGGCCUGGGGAGCUGGAACCCUGCCAUAUGACAUCAAAAUAGUAAUUGCAGGAAACCAUGAGUUGACCUUUGACCAGGAGUUCAUGGCAGAUCUGAUCAAGCAGGACUUUUACUACUUCCCUUCAGCCUCCAAGCUAAAACCAGAAAAUUAUGAGAAUGUCCAGUCCCUCCUCACCAACUGCAUUUACCUGCAGGACUCAGACGUCACCGUUCGGGGUUUCAGGAUCUACGGCUCUCCCUGGCAACCUUGGUACUAUGGCUGGGGCUUCAACCUGCCGAGGGGUCAGGCUCUUCUGGACAAGUGGAACCAAAUCCCAGACAACACAGACAUCCUGGUCACACACUGCCCCCCACUGGGUUUUCUGGAUUGGGUUCCAAAGAAGAUGCAGCGUGUUGGCUGCAUGGAGCUGCUGAACACCGUGCAAAGGAGAGUCCAGCCCAAACUCCACGUCUUUGGCCACAUUCAUGAAGGCUAUGGCAUGAUGACAGAUGGCACCACGACUUUCGUCAACGCCUCGACCUGCACUGUCAACUUCCUGCCCAUGAACCCACCUAUCGUCUUCGAUCUUCCAAACCCCAGGACUACAUGACAAGAAAAGACAGGCCACCAUUCCCCAGCUGUCGCUCCAGAGGAAGAAUCCUGGAGAUAUGGUUAAAGUUGAACAGCUU